AUGGCAGACCGGAACCUUAGUCUUCAAAAUCAAACGUCACAAAUGUUCAAUGGAAGUGGCGUUGACAACAAUUACACUCGCCAUGGCAACGACAUUGAUACUGGGUUCGAUUUUUCUGGAAUCGUCUGGGCCAUCAUUUCAUUAGUGGGACUGGUGGGAAACAGUAUAACGUCUGUGGUAUUGUUUCAAUUGGCCAAGUCCUCAUUCUACCUGUAUCUUGCGUUGCUUUCCCUGUCCGACAUCGCUUCAAUUGCUUUAGUUUCAACUUCCAUUUUGCUGGAGCUAACAGCUGAAAACCCCAUACAAAUCACAUGCUCUCUCUUCGAAGCAGGUUUACGAAUAUUCUCUCAUUUAUCCUCGUGGAUCACAGUAGCUGCUACCGUCGAUCGCUACAUAGCUGUCUGUCAUCCUUUUAAAGUCAUGAAGUACUGCACUAGGAAACGUGCGUUUAUUGUCGUCGGUGCUGCCUUUCUUGUUAUCGUCGCACUGAAUUUUCCGGUUGUAUGUCUAGAAUGGAAUGACGAUCACUCGUCGUGUAUUACACCAGCAUUCACCGAUGACUACUGUUUUGGAUACGGUUUCUACAUCGAUAUGUCCAAUUAUGUUCUUAUUCCAUUCCUUAUAAUUAGCAUCCUCAAUAUAUUGAUGAUAAGGAAAUCUACAGUCACUGCGUUCUUUAUCCUCUGUUUCCUGCCAUUUAUCGGUAUAUCUUUAUUUGCAAUCGUAUACAACAAAAGCUGGGAUGGUGUCAUGGAGCUGAUCCCAGUUCCCUAUACCAUUGCAUACACAUGUGCAGCCAUAAAUCACUCUUUCAAUUUUGUUCUGUAUGGUUUAUUCGGACAGCCUUUCCGAAAAAGGUUUGUCGAAAUGUUCUGCUUUCGACGUUUUGUACAGGAUUAAAUGUACACUGCAUAAUAACUUUUCUUUCAAACGGAGACGUGUCAAAAUUAUUACACCGGGACCGCAUGACAUAUUAAGGAAAUAUUGCCCUAUCUCCUCGGCCUGA